AUGGAGGAAACUGCUUUCCAGGGACGCUCCAUCCAUUCUGUCUCCGGUCUGAAAAUGGCUGUGAGCUUCCAGACCUCCGCUGAGUUUGUGCUGCAGGAGAAGGUGCACAUCUCUGUGGCCGUUUGGAAUUUGUGCACAGAGCAGCUAGAGCGCGUUUCAUUCCGGGAUCAGUUUACAGCAGCCUGCGAGUUCAGUGGAUCUGCUGCCACAGACAGGUGCCGCUCCCACAUGGACCGAUUCCAUCACAACAAAUCACACUGGGAAGAGCACGUCCCCGGCUCUAGGAUUCAGCUCCCUGACCCAAAAGGAUCCCAGUGCAAGCUUCAGCUGCUGAAAGCUAACCCUGCAGAUCUCCUCUUAGCUGCGCCACGAUGUAAUCCGGUGUGUUUGCAGAUGGCACAAGCAGCCAAGCCCUCCUCUCAGGCCGAUGACUUGUACCUGGAGGACCCUGGAUCAGGAGGGUACUACCCCGAGGACGACGAUGACUUUAGCUCCGGCUCCGGUUCAGGUGGAGGCGGGGAGGCUGUGGAGGAAGUGGUGACCGUCACUGCAGUUUAUGAGGAGCCUCCUCAGCCCACCCAGGACUCCACCAAGGCCUUAACCCCCCGGGUGGAUGCCCCCACGGUCAGAGGAAAGACCAGGGAAGGCUCGCCCAGGAAGCCUUUCAGAACCGAGGCACCAGUUCCAGUCACAGAGAAUCAGGAGAGGAACCAGAUGACGUUCACAACCGGCUCCCCCGGAUCUCCUCAGGAGCCCAUCGAGGUGCGCACCGAAAACCUCUUCCAGAGGACCGAGGUGCUGGCAGCGGUGGUUGCGGGCGGUGUGAUUGGAUUCCUGUUUGCCAUCUUCCUCAUCCUGCUGCUGGUGUACCGCAUGAGGAAGAAAGACGAGGGCAGUUACGACCUGGGAGAGAGGAAACCCUCCAGCUCAGCCUAUCAGAAGGCCCCAACCAAGGAGUUUUAUGCAUGAAGCCCUGACCGCGUCCUGACCGGCGCAGGAGCGGUCCCACAGUGAACGGCUCCAUGGACGGCGCCGGUGGGGGUGCAAGUUUCCUGUUUCCAUGGCGGCUGGAGGAGGGAAAGCUGUGGACGGAGGGAUAGAAUCAAUCAGUGCACCUCCCUGUUCAUUAUCUCCGGGGUAAAAUGAUGCCUUUGAUCCCCACACUAACUCUGUUCCUGCUUUUUCUGAAUUUCCAAUAAAGACAGGCAUCAGGACCCCCCUUCAUCCUACCCCCUCACGGGCAAAGUAAUUUGCUCAGACCCCCCCCCUCACUAGCCAUCAGUAGAGUGGCUGCUGGACAUCACAACAUGUAAGUAUUGCCCCCGAUGUGUAACAUCUGUACUGUAACACAAGGAAAGCUGUUAAACCUGCCCUUUCAUACUGAACUGAAACCCAAAGACUGUUUCUGCCCCUCGUCGUGGCCACAUCCUAUUGUUUCCUCUCUGUUAGACACCUGAUCUUUGAGUCUCUUUGCUUACUAGUGUAUGAAAAGAUAUAUAAAUAUAUAUAAAUGUAUAUUCACCAAUGUUUGAAACCUUCAAAGUGCCUACAUUUGGACAUGUUCCUGCCCAGGUGAGCAUGUGCUGGAGGGCGUAACACUUUUUUUAGUCUUACAAAGCUGACAGUAUUGUACCUAUACGUUGAAACACAACACUACUGAAUAAACAUUGUGGCCUAACUUCCUGUU